AUGUCAGACCUCACACCAGACCCUGAGGCCGGCUUCGAACGUCUCGUCGGCAAGUCUAACUACGCUCGUUGGGCCCGGGGCUUCCAAACCAUUGCGAAGCUCAAAGGAGUAUGGAGUCUGGUUUCAGGAAAAGAAAAAGUACUAGAAGAGUCAUACUUGUAUGGCCACCAUUCUAAGGAGUACUUCGACCUCAAUUGCACAAAGUGUUUCGAACGUAAUCAAACUUACACCGCGCAAAAUGUGAGAGUCCAAACUGCGCAGGGACUUCUGGAGUUCUGGGUCAAUCCCGACAUCCGAUACGAGAUCAAGUCUGAACAAUGCCCAAGCGAUGCUUGGUGGCACCUCGAGGAAGUAUACAAGAUGGAAGACGAGGACGCUAUAAGACUUGCUUACGAAGCCCUCAACGGACUGCAUUUGAAGGACUUCAAGAACAUGUCGGAAUAUCUAAAGGAACACCGUCUGGUCAGAGCGGACUUGCUGGACGCAAACGCUAUAGUCACCCCAGGCGAGCUGAUUGACAACAUCAUGGGCGGACUGAAUGGGACUUACCUCGAUCGAGUACCUGCAUCUCGGCUACAAGGGCUGGAGCAUAUCACAAGUCUCGGAGUACUGGCUGAUGAACUUCUCGAGCUCGAGAGGGUAUAUGCCAAACUAUAG